AUGUCAGUGGUCGUUGCCGUCGAGAAGUCGCUGCUGCGCACACUGGCUUUUGUGCUCUAUCAGCUGGAUAGGAGCUGCGCAAAGUACUGCGCCUCGUCCAUCCUGCAAUGGUACAUGCAGCUCCAGACGCAGCUCCCCGUUGCAGCAGUUAACUCGCUAAACAGAGUGGCCGACUCGGUCAUUUCCCUCUCAGACGCACAGUUCACGGAAUUCUGGCGAUCACUCGAACAGCAUGUGGUUAAGCGGUUCUAUCAGCAUCUCUUACGCUUCUUCGCGGCUGAGCCAUCGGACAAGGGACGAACACAGACGCCAUGUACGUCUCCAGUUGAUCUCGAGGAUCCAAGCCACAGACAACCACACAGUGCACGACAUCAAUACCACGACACAGACUGCAAUUCUAUGAGUGACACUGACAGGACAGAGGAUGACUUUGAGCCUGGCUGGGCCGUGGAGUACAUGGAACAGGACUCGAAUAUCCCGUCCGAGAUGUUUCGACGCAUGACAGAGAUGAUGCACUCGAACGUCCCAGCUAAUCUCUUCCGUGCCACCGUCACGCUCAGUGGCUGCGAUGACGACGAUCGGGAUAUGAACGACUUCAUGGGCGCUGUCACCCCAGGGUCUUUUCCUCCAACGCCCAUAACAAGAGACUUGCAGACUCGACGUAUGAACCACUACACUAUCACGGUGCUGGAUCAUGCUACACUUACGCUACGACUGCUGACUGAGGAAAACUGCAAUAGUUAA